AUUUGAAAACAUUACAUGCCCACAGCAAAAUUUGAAAACAUUACUGCCACAUCCACGCCCCCUUCCUAACAACUGUGCGCACAGUCCUAAAAUGGAGCCAAGUCGAGAAGAAGGUUCAGCUAAGAUGAAAAGGGAAGAGUUGGAAGGGAAAUGGCGGCUCUACGAGGCCUACAAUGAGCUUCAUGGCUUGGCACAGGAGUUCGACACGCCGUUCGAUGCGCCGGCGGUGCUGGUGGUGGGCCACCAGACCGACGGCAAGAGCGCCCUCGUUGAAGCCUUAAUGGGCUUCCAAUUCAACCACGUCGGUGGCGGCACCAAGACUCGCAGACCCAUAACUCUACACAUGAAGUACAACCCCGACUGCGACUCCCCUCUCUGCCAUCUCUUGUCCGAUUCUGACCCAUCUGUUUCCCACGAAAGAUCUCUACAACAAAUUCAGGCGUUUAUAGAAGCUGAAAAUAUGAGGUUGGAGAAGGAGCCAUGCCAGUUCUCUGCAAAGGAAAUAAUAAUCAGAAUAGAAUACAAAUAUUGUCCAAACCUAACAAUUAUAGACACUCCUGGACUUGUUGCGCCUGCCCCAAGCAGAAAGAACCGGGCUUUCCAGGCUCAAGCCCGUGCAGUGGAAUCUCUGGUGAGAGCUAAAAUGCAGCAUAAGGAAUUUAUCAUAUUAUGCCUUGAAGAUUGCAACGAUUGGAGCAAUGCUACUACACGAAGGGUCGUUAUGCAGAUUGACCCUGAGCUGUCAAGAACAGUUGUUGUUGCAACCAAACUUGACACGAAAAUUCCUCAGUUUGCACGGUCUUCAGAUGUGGAAGUUUUUCUCUCUCCUCCCGCUUCUACACUUGAUGGCUUCAUGCUAGGCGGUUCUCCAUUUUUCACAUCUGUGCCUUCCGGUAGAGUUGGUUCUGGACCUGAAUCAGUUUACAGAUCUAACGACGACUUCAAACAGGCUAUUUCAUCAAGGGAAAUUGAAGAUAUUGCAGCUCUGGAGGAGAAGCUUGGCAGAGCUCUUUCAAGACAGGAAAGAAUCAGAAUAGGUGUUAGCAGUCUUAGGCUGUUUUUGGAGGAAUUGCUUCUUAAAAGGUAUAUGGAUAGUGUGCCAUCUAUCAUUCCACUCCUUGAAAAGGAGUAUCGAAGCAGUACGAGGAAGCUAAAUGAAAUUAAUCACGAACUCAGCUCGUUGGACGAAGUGAAACUCAAGGAGAAAGGCAGAGUCUUUCAUGAUCUCUUUCUAACCAAGUUAUCACUGUUAUUGAAAGGGACAGUUGUUGCACCACCUGAUAAAUUUGGAGAAUCUCUACAAGAUGAAAGGAUCAAUGGAGGAGCGUUUGUUGGAUCUGAUGGUCUUCAGCUCCCACAAAAGUUAAUACCUAAUGCUGUGAUGCGUCUUUAUGGCGGCGCUCAAUAUCAUCGUGCAAUGGCUGAGUUCCGGUUUGUUGUUGGAGGAGUCAAGUGCCCUCCUAUAACACGUGAAGAAAUUGUGAAUGCUUGUGGAGUUGAAGACAUUCAUGAUGGAACUAACUAUUCCAGGACUGCAUGUGUUAUCGCCGUUGCAAAGGCCCGUGAUACGUUUGAACCCUUUCUCCAUCAGUUGGGGUGUAGACUAUUGCACAUUCUGAAGAGAUUACUACCAAUUGCCGUUUAUCUGCUACAGAAAGACGGUGACUAUCUUAGUGGUCAUGAUGUAUUUCUUAGGAGAGUUGCUUCUGCCUUCAACAAUUUUGCAGAAUCUACUGAAAGAUCAUGCCAUGAAAAAUGCAUGGAGGAUUUAGUUAGCACCACUCGUUAUGUGACAUGGUCACUCCACAAUAAGAACCGAGCUGGAUUACGCCAGUUCCUAGAUUCAUUUGGUGGGUCAGAGCAUUCUUCCAUGAAUGGCAGUUCUGCUUCAGCUGGUCAAGAGUUGUCAACCGAAUAUGUAAACAGUGAAACCAAGCCCAGGACGGAUGUAAAGGUUACAUCAAAGAAUAAUGAGUUAAGUAUGAGCUGCCAGACAUCAGAAACCAGACUAGCUGACCUCUUAGAUAGCACUCUAUGGAACAGAAGGCUUGCUCCUUCUUCCGAAAGGAUUGUUUAUGCAUUGGUUCAACAAAUAUUUCAUGGCAUAAGAGAAUAUUUCUUGGCUUCAACAGAAUUAAAGUUCAACUGUUUUCUCCUCAUGCCAGUUGUGGACAAGUUGCCU